UUAGAGGAACACCUCAUUUCAAUACAACAUGGGCACACAGAUCGACACAAUGAGUUCUGAAUACUCAGUGACAUGUAUGACCAUCUGUCCAAAUCAUCGCCAUAGGAACAGUUUGCCACGUUGCCAUCCUACCCUCCAAGGUGGAGAAGUCGGUGGGAACCAAGGACUUUGGCAUUGCUAAAGCUCUGGCCACAAUACUCAAACUGAUGCAGACAGUGGUCAUGGACACAGCGUAUGGGCCAAUGGUGGGCCCCCCAGCAAGUGGUCUCCAAUCUGGGGAGCCAGAUAUUCUGGACAAUGGCAAACAUGACCCUAAGAUAGGCUCGCAGGAGUCUUUUACAGAAUUCCUGGCACGAAGUGCACCCCAAAGUAAUGGGCCUGUAUUACACAGGCGUGCAGAUAGACACUUUAGUAAACGUAUGCGCCGACGACUAGUGUACAAAAAUGGAGAAGUUAACAUUACACAAACAAAUAUAAGAAAAAGGCGACGACGUUUUCUUGCUGAUAUUUUCACAACAUUAGUUGACAUCAAAUGGAGGUAUAAUUUAUUAUUAUUUGCUAUGGCAUUUAUCCUGAGUUGGCUUAUAUUUGCAGUUAUAUGGUGGCUGAUAUGUUUUUCACAUGGUGACCUUGACCCUGACAACAUGAACAGUGAUAAAUGGGUGCCUUGUGUCAGGGAAAUGCGCUCCUUCACAUCGGCACUUUUGUUCUCUAUAGAGACGCAGCACACCAUCGGGUAUGGAUCACGACACACAACAGAAGAAUGCCCCGAGGCUAUCACAGUAAUGAUGAUUCAGUCAUGUUUUGGUGUGAUUUGUCAGGCUAUGAUGACUGGUAUAGUUUUUGCUAAACUCUCUAGACCUAAAAAGAGAGCUGAAACCCUUAUGUUCAGUAAAAAUGCCUGUAUAUGUAAACAGGAUGGAGAGAUGUGUUUGUUAUUCCGUGUGGGUGACAUGCGCAAGUCACACAUUGUGGAGGCACAUGUGCGCGCAGUUGUGAUAAAAAAGAAAAUCACAAAGGAGGGUGAAAUUCUACCCUUGUAUCAAUAUGAUGUGGACCUUGGCUAUGAGGAUGGACAAGACCGUCUCUUUUUGGUCUGGCCUGUUAUCAUAGUCCACAAAAUUGAUGAGGACAGUCCCUUCUGGGAAAUGUCUCCGGACGAUCUUCACCGGGAACAAUUUGAGCUGAUAAUCAUCCUAGAAGGGAUUGUGGAGUCUACUGGUAUGACAACACAAGCUCGCAGCUCAUAUCUACCUGGAGAGAUCCUUUGGGGCCACAGAUUUGAGCGUCUGGUCACAUUCCGCAAGGAGAACGGACAAUAUCAGAUUGACUUUUCACGAUUCCACAACACAAUGGCGGUAGAUACGCCGCAGUGUAGUGCCAAGGAGCUCGCCGAUAUGGGUGAAACAGUGCAGGAAAAUACAUAUAUUGAAGACGAUGAGAAUACGUCGUUAGGGUCAACAAAACAAGAAAGGUAUCCAAGCCCUUAUGUUAUCAAGCGACAUGGAGUCGCACAAACAGACUUUGAUGAUGAUGAUCUUGAUUCGCAAGACAGUUCAAUACCAAGUCGAAUAGCAGCAGAGGAGUCUGAGACUCUCUUAUGACAAUAAGCCCAACACAUAGUACCAAGAUGACCAAGAACAUUUUCAUUCGAUGAAAUCACAAUCUUUCACUUGAUCAGAAGGCUAUGUGUGACAACCUACCUAAAGAAGGAGACCAUGUUGAAUGUGUCUGUAAUAUCCCUGUCACAGACAAUGACCCUAGUGUCAGAGUGAAUGUAUCUGUGUGUACCUAUUUUAGUUACACAAUAUUUGCCCGCUUUGUACUGAAUGUAUGUGUGUGAUAUUCAUGUGAUUGUGUUUACUUAAUUCUAUACAUUUAUAUUUACAUGUAAAACUGGAAAAGAAUUUAUUGGCUGGUAACUGGAGAUAAUCCAUCACAUUGUGACAGUUAAAGGUGUCAGGUGGUGGGAGAUAUUUAUAUCACAAUGUCACAGUCAGAGGGACACUGGAGUUGUCAUGUGACUGGAGAUAUCUACAUCACAAAGUGACUGCCACCAGGACACUGGAGUUGUCAUGUGACUGGAGAUAUCUACAUUACAAAGUGACUGCCACAGGGACACUGGAGUUGUCAUGUGACUGGAGAUAUCUACAUCACAAAGUGACUGCCACAGGGACACUGGAGUUGUCAUGUGACUGAUUAUAAUUACAUCACAAAUGUGACAGUCACUCUGACACUGUGGAGGUGUCAUGUGAUCAGAGAUAUUUACAUCACAUUGCGACAGUUACUCUGACACUGAGGAGGUGUGACAGUCACUCUGACACUGUGGAGGUGUGACAGUCACUCUGACACUGUGGAGGUGUGACAUUCACUCUGACGCUGUGGAGGUGUCCUGUGGCUGAUGAUGUCAACAUCACAAUGCAUCAAUUCAGAGUAGAAAGUUACCACAUUUGAUAAAUGAUACACAAGAUUGCUUGAUAAGAAUGGCGAACUAGUGGAACCAACUACAUAACAGUAUAUAUAACAUGUUUGUAAAAUGUUCCAUACAACUAUGAGUGUAUCCAUUAAUUGAGAGAGAAAGGAAAAGGCAAAGCUAGCAUUGCAAAAUGUAUGAAUGUGUGCUUACAAGAACUACAAGCAACAGAGAAUUUUGUAGGUCGGGAAUCUUGAUGAUGAAUGUUGACAAAUCUAUUCCUGGAAAGUCAUAUUUUACUUUCUGCCAUUUUUGACAAUUUAAACACUCCAAUAUUUGAUUGUCUGUGAAGAGAGUGAUUUGUGUGGGCUGUGGUGGAUGAAGUGGUCUUCCUAUUUACCCAUGUUAUAGUGGAGAAAUUAUGUAGUAACAUUUUCAAAAUAUGUCUGCCAUCUUUGUACCUCAAGUCUUUCUGUUAACAGGUGUAGAAUGCUCUGCCAUAUUUGUUUAUCCAACUGCAAGAAAUUUAUGCCCAUCUUUACUGGAGUAGCUACUUAUAUGUAUGUGCCUAGUUUGUCUGUAGAAGCUACCUGUGAAUGUGGUUAAUGUGUCCAUCACACCUGGGAAUAGAUAUAUCUAACUGAAAUCCAUUUCUUGGGAUAUUCAUAACCGACUUUGUUCAUGUGAAUUGUUUUCUCACUACAUCAGUUUUGCUCUUGAUGUGUAAACCCAUUGGAAAAUAAGCAAUACUUGAUUGAUUGUUUAGAAAAGGAAAGAUAUAUUUACUCCUUAUUUUACAUUGCAAUCCAAUGAACAUAUAAACAGAAUCUCCUGAAUAUUUAUGGGAACCUGAAUUUUGGUUAACAUGAUUAUCUCCCUUUGAUAGAUUUACAACAAUCAUCCCUUAUUUUAAUGUUUUACAUGUGAAUUGAACUUUGAUUUUAUUUUUGCUGAUAUAUGAAGAAGAUUUGGUGCCAUUUCUGUUUUCAGAGGUUAAAACAUUUGUGUUGAAUUUGUCACAGAGUCCUUAGACAAGAUAACAAACAAGCAAUGGUUUUAUAGGUCUUAAUUAAACAUCAAUUGUAAUUUGGUAUUUUGAGGCAGAUAUUGAAAUAGAAUCAUUGUAUUUUAGAAUAAACAAGGUG